GGGGAAGAGGGCGAGAUGUCAAGCAGCGACGCCGAGUCGGUUGCGUCGGCUCGAGAGUCCCUGCGAGAAGCGGAGGAGGCGGCUGCGCGGUCCGAUGCUGGGAGCAGCGAGCGGGAGGAGCUGGAGGAAGCGCGGGAGGAGUAUGCAGAGGAGGUUGAGGAAGCUGAGGAGUGAUGGCUGAGUUGGGGAAGUUUCAAGCGUUGGGGAAGUUUAGGUGGCUCUUUGGAC